AUGGCUGUGCAAGAGGUAGCGACUCUUCUUCCGAUCCAACCUCCCAAACUGGCCAGAGACGUAACUGAAGGCAGUCUCGAAGACGUUCAGCCAUGGAGCGAGCCUCGCUUCAUCGUGCAGUCGCCGUACAACGAGCUCCGGCACCAGCUGGACUUGACCACGCUUGACUAUGAGAAUGCGCUGCUGGCGAAGGCGCUGAGUACUCUCGACGCGACUCGAGAGGACUAUGCCGUUGCGUCGUACAACGUCUCGUUCAACUGGUCAGAUGUCAUGGCCCGUCUCAAAGCGCUCGUCAGCGUAUACGGCCAGCCGUAUCGGAAUGCCACUUUUUACAUCGUCGCAUUCCGCUCGCAGAUCAAGCCCAGUACCGACUACAGCCACCUGGGCGAGCUCGACAAGGCUGCUCAUCUCGAGGCGGUCGAAAGUGGCGGGUUUCUCAAGUACUGGUUUGGCUCCCCGGACUCGGAGCUGCGUAACUUGGCCACAUGCCUUUGGCGUUCCAAGGAAGAUGCAGUUGCUGGAGGUCGCGGCCCCGCUCACAGAAAGGCGGCCAUGUCAACCCGGUCGUUGUACGCGUACUGGAAAAUCGACCAGCACCGUCUCACCAUCCGCAACAACGCUGAAGCUUGGGAGAUCGUUCCUUGGGUCGACGAUGCUUGA